UUGGAAUGGAGCAGCAAGUUGUUCAUUGUGGGCGUGAUGAUUCCUGUCACGUGGUUUCUGUCGUCAGGUCGCCCCUGGUUUUCUGCUUACCUGUGUACUUGGAUACGGUGUCGGCUAAGGUCGUCACUGUACAGUCUUUUGGGGCUAGGUCCACCACAGCUCGCGUCCAUCUUGACUCGAAACAAGGGACAGUCUUCAGCAGUGGCUUCACCAAACAAUGAUUAUCAGCAGUGGAAUUUCCUUUUGACUUGUUCAAAGUAGGCAUGCUGAGAAUUGAGCAGUAUCUGCAGCCUGCAUGUCCACUCUAGUGGCCUUUGGGGCAAGUUGAGGGACGUUCUUUCCUGGAGAUUGCCUAGUAUGUACGUUAUUGUCCCCCUCCCUGUCCGUCUUCUUUAAGAAUGCUGGCACUGGCGCACUUUCCUAACAAAGCCUAUUCCUCGGCGCUCAGCUGCUGCAUGUCUAGCUUAUAGUAAUCUUGCCGCCGCAGAGCGCAGUCGCCAACCAUGUCUUCUCCCAAACCUUCUCCGAUGGCACCCGCCACGCCGACGCUAGUCAAUGCAGCAAUGGAUCCACCAAUCAGGGCCACCAUCUUCGUUGCCAUCGUCACCGUCCAUGCCCUGCUCCUGAUGUGGCUCGGCUCGCGCCGGCGCUGCAGCCGCCAUCCGGCGCUCCGCUUCGUCCUCUGGAGCUUGUCCGCAGCCUACUUGCCACUAAUGUCCUACGUCCUGUCAUACAUGACCACCAAUCUCUGGUCCUUGGAUCCGAAAGAUCAGCUAUGGCUGAUUGUCUCCCUCGUCCUCGUCCAGUUUCUCAAGGCUAAGGCCGACAUGAAAGCUCUAGCUGUGGCUGCUGUCGCCACGCCUGUGGCCGCCGACGAUGACAUCAACAGCCUCAAGGUCCGGCCGACCAUGGAGAGCCUCAUCUACUCCUUCUGGGUGGCGGGGCUUGUCAUCUACCACAUCUUCUUCGACAAUAAUGCCGGGAAGCUGGAGGUCGUAAUUCUCUUCAUUUCACCGCUUUGGGCACUUGGAGCAUGCAGGAUGGUGCUCAAGUUCGUCGCCUUCCAUAGGGCGACCGGUUCCUUUGCGCUCGGCCGUAAUGUGCAGCUCAUGGAUGGCUACAUGGUGCAGCUCCAAGAAGCUGUCCCAGCAGCCACAGCAGUACCCCGUCUCAUAGUGACGGGAGAGAGAAAACGGGACAUCGAAGAAAGCCCUCUAGGGUACCGUCUCAGGCGGGCGGCUCUGGAAGAUGAGCCAGCAAGUAGCCUGGUCACACUGGACAGAGUCUGGUUGGAAGGUGGAACCCUCCUAGUCCCACAGCUCAAGGAUCUGUGCCUCUCCUUCGCUCUGUUCAAGUGCCUGCGCAGACGGUUCGCCGGGUACCAGCUCGCGGAGACCGGCUCGAGCUGGGCAUUCCGCUUCGUUCGGGAUGGGCUGCUCGGGCGAGAAGACGACCACGAGAGAAUCUUCCGGGUGAUAGCCAGUGAGCUCACGUUCGCGAGUGACUUCUACUACUACCCUCUUCCCGUUGCCUCAUUGGGCACCCUGUAUGCUGGCCUCCACUUCGUCUUGUCCAUGCUGAUUUUCUCUUCCCUCUGCUUACUCGUCCUAUCACUCGUCUUCCUGAUCCUGCUACUUGGUGCCUUCGGUGGUCCUUCGGAUGAAAGACCAGCCCAAUAUAUCUUGCCCAAGCUCCCCGCCCUUCUCGCCCUGGUCAUAGCGUGGACCGAGAUGUCGGAGAUGGUUGCCAGCGUGCGCUCAAACUGGACCAAGAUAAGCAUUGUAGGCCACUACAUCAGGUGCCGCAGCCAUUGGGCCCGGAGGAUCUUAUCGUGCUUGCUAGGACGCUGCAAAUCUCCCAAGCAGUGGAAGGAUGAGAUGGGUCAGACCGACCUACUGCUACUCACCAAGCCAAGAAGCCUUCUGGGCAAGCAGUCAUGGGCUCAUCACUUCUUCAAACGGCUCAUCGACCAAAUGAGGAGCCGCCGCAACACUCUGACCGUCCCGCCAGAGGUGAAGGCUUCCAUCCUCGGCGCCUUCAGGAGCAGCGGCGGGCAGCUCAGUGCCGGCACGGCUGCAGUGCAUCGCCGGCGCCAAGCGUUCCGCCAUGGCAUCACCUGGGCGUGCCUUGGCGGCGAGGUAACCACCGCCACCGAUUCGAUCCUUGUGUGGUGCAUCGCCACGGGCCUCUUUGAGAACAGGUGUUCCUCUUCCUCCAGAAAGGCUCCCUUGCCGCCCGAGCAGGUCACGGCCACCGACAUGGGCGUUGCCCUUUGCUUGUCGCGAUACUGCAUGUACCUGGUGGCGGAGGCUCCAGAUCUGCUGCCAGACAACUCCGCCUGGACGAGGCGCCGUUACCAGGUGGUGAAGGACAGCAUCAAGGCGGCGCUGCUGAGGAGCAGCGGUCCUGAUGACCUUGAAGUUGACGUGUACGGACGCCUGGUUGAUUCCUUCGGCAGCGAGCGCUCCCACGAGGUGCUGAAGAAAGGCUCAAGGCUUGGAAAACAGCUUGUGGAGGAGGCUGAAAAGCAGAGAUCCGAAGACGGAGAGGCUGGAGACGGAGGCCAAGACACGGUGUGGAAGCUCCUGGCGGAGUUCUGGUCGGAGAUGCUGCUCUACCUCUCACCAUCGGACAACGUCAAGGGCCACAUGCAGGUGCUGCAGCACGGCGGCGAGCUCAUCACGCUCAUGUGGGUGCUGCUGCUCCACGCCGGCAUCACCAGCAGGCCGGCUCGGCACGUCCCUGAGCCUUGAUAAGCAGUGUAAUACUAGUAGUCAAUCCAUGGAGUUCUUAUGAGUUUAAAGUACAGUCCGUGUGUGCUUGCAACGA